GUUGGCCUCUGGACCUGAGGUGCUGCUGUCCUCCGGCAGGUCCAGGAUGACUUCUGACGCAGGGGAUCGCGGGUCCCUGUGCACGCUGGAGUUCGCAGUGCAGAUGACCUGCCAGAGCUGCGUGGAUGCAGUGCGUAAGUCCCUGCAAGGGGUGGCAGGUGUCCAGGGUGUGGAGGUGCAGUUGGAAAACCAGAUGGUCUUGGUGAAGACCACUCUGCCCAGCCAGGAAGUGCAGGCUCUCCUGGAAGGCACGGGGCGGCAGGCCGUACUCAAGGGCAUGGGCAGCAGCCAUUUGCAGAAUCUGGGGGCAGCAGUUGCCAUUUUGGGGGGCUCUGGCACCGUGCAGGGAGUGGUCCGCUUCCUACAGCUGAACCCCGAGCGCUGCCUCAUCGAGGGAACCAUCGAUGGCCUGGAGCCUGGGCUGCACGGACUCCAUGUCCAUCAAUAUGGGGACCUCACACAGGACUGUAACAGCUGUGGGGACCACUUUAAUCCUGAUGGAACGUCUCAUGGGGGCCCCCAGGACUCUGACCGGCACCGUGGAGACCUGGGCAAUGUCCACGCUGAUGCUGAUGGCCGAGCCAUUUUCCGGCUAGAGGAUGAGCAGCUGAAAGUAUGGGAUGUGAUUGGCCGCAGCCUGGUUAUUGAUGAGGGAGAAGAUGACCUAGGCCGAGGUGGCCACCCCCUAUCCAAGGUCACCGGGAACUCUGGGGAGAGGUUGGCCUGUGGCAUCAUUGCACGCUCUGCUGGCCUCUUCCAGAACCCCAAGCAGAUCUGCACCUGUGAUGGUCUCACCAUUUGGGAGGAGAGAGGCCGGCCUAUUGCCGGCGAGGGCCGAAAGGACUCGGCCCAGCGCUCUGCCCAUCUCUGAGCAGGACCUUUCCUCAGGUCUCUUCUGUCCUCCCUGCUGAACCCCUUCCACCUGAGAGAAAGCAGGGGGCGCCUUGUUUGCCCACGCUGAGGAGGAGUAGGUAUAGAAUAUGUAGGGAUUGCUGUGAUAUGCACAAUUAAAUUUUAU